CAACUGCCUGUAUGGCGUCAUCGUUACGGUCUGUUGUCAUAGUUUUUAAUACAAUGAAAUUAUUUGUUUGGGGUUGUUGUAGUUUGCAUAUAUGAUUGGCUUUUUCAAAGCAGUUGGAAUAAUCUAAGCCAACAGUGUAGGUAAUCAUGUCAAGAAAACUAAACUCGCAGCUUUUUGAAAAUGAGACUUUGAAAUCAUGUUCAAAUGGAUUAAUUGUGCAAAGAUUAACGACGUUACAAGCAGUAAAACGGAAACGCUUCCAAAUUACUAGACCUAUGUCUCCAGAGGCAAAAACUGCGAUGGCGCAACUCAUGAAUGAAAAAAUGCUACAUGAAAGUCAUUGCACAAAAACAGAAGCGGUUGAUGAAGUAAAAAAUGUUCCAAAACUCGAUAGGGAUGAUUUAUUGAACAACGUCAAUGACAUUAAAACAAAGGAUAUGGGCCUACAUCGUGCGACUAUCAGCGGAACUGAGAAAUUACUAAUUCACAGGAAUCCGAAAAGAAACCCCGAACACGAUCGAUCGCGAUCGAAAUCAUGUGGUGCUGUUCGGACUCCAAAACGUAUGGAUCACAACCUCUGUAAAUGGAAUGAUACUGCUUCGUAUAAAAGAAUCACACCGUGCAAAUCAGCUACAUGUGUUGUGAAAGCUUCCCGACCCACAGCUCCAUCAAAUGUUGUCAAAGUAACCUAUCAGAACAGAAAUGAGUUGACCAUCUUAAACAAUAAAGGUCGAGUGGAACGGUUGUCUGAAACAGGCAACGCAUGGAUGAAGAAAUCCAUAACUUCAACAACAAAGCAGUUCCAAAAUUCAAAUGGAAAUUGUUUACGAAACAUCGAACGUGUCCCACACGGGGGUGACCAGGAUAGGGUUAGGAUUAAAGCUCUAAUACAAAGCAAUACUAAACGCCCAAAACGGGUUUUUGAUGAUUCUGAAAGAGAUUUUAGGAUCACUCCCCAGGUUUAUGAUGAACGUUUUUUCACUCCACAAUGGCCAGUUCUGGUCGUGAACGACAGAAUGACGGAACGUAAAUCCGAAUAUGUCGUUCGACAGGAAGUGCUGAAAAAAUGUAGAGAUUGGUUAAACAAAAACUUUUGACCAGGUUCGAAGGCUUUUUCAAAGUAUUAUUUUGAUACUUAAAUAA